UGUAGACAGCUCACGAGGCUUGAAGUGUUAAAGUAGUGGUACCCUUUUUAUACUCCUAUAACAAUAUUUUUCCUACUCCUCGGUUUCCCAUCGGGUUUGCUUCUUGCCUUCGUCCUGCGCGAAUUGUUUCAUCAUUACCGGACUUGUUUCUCGAGCUAACACACAAUAUUCGGACGACGAUUGGAAAGAACGUCUAGCUCGGCAUCGUGUCCUACCCGAGGAGCACACAACAAUUGGGUGGAUUAAAGUUUCCUCUAGUGAUUAUUAACUCUAUUCACAUAUUCGCUCGUUUUACCGUGUACGCCAGAAGUAGAAGCAGGUGCAGAAGUGGCUGACUCGAGGCCGCACCUUCCCCCACGAUGGAGUUAGUCAUGUCCAUGUCCCAAGUCUCAAGUCUCCAGUCUCAAGUCCCAUGUUCCAAGUCCUUAAUCUUUCGACACCGUUUAACCGUUUGAUCGGUUGAUCAUUUGUACAACCGAGGAGUUAAAGAUAGGUUCUGACAAAGAGUUCCCGUCUAGUACCCGGAAUAUAAUUCACUUCGAGGAUAACGUGCGUUUUUAUAAGAGCUUCCUAUAACACUCUUCCCCUCAAUGUCAAUACAGCUUCAUGGAUCCAGUCAAUUAACACAACCACCAUGCAGGAUCACUACAUUGGUAUUGACGUUGGUACCGGUUCUGCCCGUGCCUGUCUGAUAGACUCGUCUGGAGACAUCAAAGCUCUAGCGUCUGAGGCCAUUAAGCUAUGGCAGCCCCAGCAAGGUUACUAUGAACAAUCAACUACCGAUAUCUGGCACUGUAUUUGCCAUUGUGUACAGCGCGUCGUCCACCAAUCCGGAGUCGACGUUGGUCACAUUAAGGGCUUAGGUUUCGAUGCUACUUGCUCGCUCGCAGUCUUCUCUGAAAAAGACGACCAACCUGUCGCUGUUACCGGUCCAGACUUCGAGAACGACGGCAACGAUCGCAAUGUUAUCUUAUGGCUAGACCACCGUCCCGUCCAAGAGACGGACAAGAUCAAUGCUACAGGCCACAACCUGUUGCGAUAUGUAGGCGGCAAGAUGAGCAUUGAGAUGGAGAUUCCUAAAGUAUUAUGGCUGAAGAACAACAUGCCUAAGGAGCUAUUCGACCGCUGCAAGUUCUACGACUUGACAGAUGCGUUGACCCAUAUGGCUACCGGCAACGAGAACCGAAGCUUCUGCAGCACAGUUUGCAAGCAAGGCUACGUCCCUAUCGGCGUAGAUGGAAGUGAGAAGGGCUGGCAAGAAGAUUUCUUUACCGAGAUUGGACUGGGCGACUUAGCCAAAGACAAUUUCAGGCGCAUGGGAGGCGUUAAUGGAAUUAAUGGCAAAUACUUCAGCGCGGGAGAACUCGUUGGCCAUCUGUCUGACAAUGCUAGCAAGCAAUUAGGACUGCAGGCUGGCAUCGCAGUUGGCAGCGGUGUAAUUGAUGCCUAUGCCGGCUGGGUCGGCACCGUUGGAGCAAAGGUUGACACCGAAUAUGGUCACGCAGACGAGAGUGCCCCAGCAAACGACCUCGCCCAAGCCUCUACUCGACUCGCUGCUGUAGCUGGCACGUCCACCUGCCAUCUUGCCAUGUCAGAGAAACCCGUGUUCGUCAACGGAGUAUGGGGACCUUACCGUGACGUACUCCUGCCUAACUACUGGUUAGCAGAGGGUGGUCAAUCGGCGACGGGUGAGCUUUUGAGACACAUCCUCGAGACACAUCCGGCACAUAAAGAAGUUGUACCUCUCGCAGAAGCUAUGCACAUGAACAUAUACGACUACAUGAAUGGCCAUCUAAGGGAGUUGGCUGAGAAAACUAAUGCUCCCACCGUUUCCUACCUUGGACGGCACUUCUUCUUCUACGGUGACCUGUGGGGUAACCGAUCACCUAUUGCGGACCCUAACAUGAAAGGAUCCGUAAUUGGCCUCAGUCCUGACUCUAGUGUUGAUGGUCUUGCCUUGUAUUACUAUGCCACUAUGGAGUUCAUUGCUUUGCAAACACGGCAAAUUAUCGAGGCUAUGAACAAAGCGGGCCACAACAUCCAGACCAUCUUCAUGUCCGGCAGUCAAUGUCAGAACGAUAUGCUUAUGGACCUCAUCGCCACUGUCUGCGAUAUGCCGGUGUUGAUUCCCCGAUACGUCCACGCUGCUGUGGUGCACGGGGCGGCCAUGCUUGGUGCGAAGGCAGCAAGCGCAGAUGCUGAAGGCAAGACUGAGAACCUCUGGAGCAUCAUGGACCGAAUGAGCAAGCCGGGUCGUCUCGUUAAGCCCGGGACCGACGCGAACGAGAAGAAGCUCUUCGACGCCAAGUACGAAGUAUUCCUGGAGCAGUGCCGGACCCAACGGGAAUACCGUUCUAAAAUUGACCAGGCUACUAGUGCCUGGGGUCUUGAAUACGUAAACUAGACAAAAGGGGACUACUGGGUAUGGUAUCGGGAACUAGGUGUUAAUGAAAAGCUCUGGGACUCAUGAGCAGGCGCGGGCGGUAGAGGGUAGAGC